AUGGCGUGUACUGACAGCUGCAAGAGCAAAGCGUAUGUGGCUUUGCUAUUCAGUUGUAGUCGUCCGGCACAGGCGCCCCUUCUCCGGACGACGGUCAUACGCCGGUUGGUGGACUAUGUGCAGUCAGGCGUUGCUAUCGAAGACGGCGGACGACGCAAAAGGACGUCUCGCAGCAGAAUUUGCAUACGCGGUGAAGAGGCUAUACUUUCCCGGCCUCUCGCAAGCACACGGCUGCGUAACGCGGUGUGGAGUUUGCGGGGGGACCUGUGGCUGCGUGGAAAUAGCCACAAAGCCUUCAGGCGCACGCCAUUCACCGACGGCUGCCGAUACUGUCGGGAGUUCUGCUGGGAGAAAGGUGCUGGCAUAUGGCACAGACAUACUCGGGAGGGCCCUGGCCAAGCCACCUGA